UUAUCACGACACUGCCGUAAUUGUACCCAGGAAGGGAAAGGAAGAAACGUGUAGUCGAAAUUGUAGUUUAUAAGUUUGACAGCUGAGGUCCUUUGUUUUACCUACUCAGUUUUCCAAGAUGGAGUUUCAGGCAGUAAUCAUGGCUGCUGGAGGAGGCUCCCGUAUGAUGGAUUUAACUGCUAGCAUCCCUAAAGCACUGCUGCCAGUGGCUAACAAGCAUCUGAUUUGGUAUCCCCUGAAUCUACUGGAACGAGUUGGUUUUGAAGAAGCUAUUGUAAUUACAACUAAGGAUGUACAGAAAAUCCUGAGUCAAGAGACCAGAAUGAAACUGGAUAUUGUCUGUAUACCUGAUGAUGCAGACAUGGGAACAGCUGAUGCGCUGAGACAUAUUCACCAAAAAAUUAAGACCGAUGUUUUAGUGAUGAGCUGUGACCUUAUCACAGACGUUGCUCUGCACGAAGUGGUAGACCUAUUUCGAGCACAUGAUGCUACACUCUCCAUGUUGAUGCGUAAAGCUCAGGACCUCACUGAACCUGUGCCAGGACAGAAGGGGAAAACAAAGCCCACUGAACAGAGAGAUUUCAUUGGUGUAGACAAUACGGGGAAGAGAUUAUUGUUCAUGGCAAAUGAAGCUGAUUUGGAGGAUGAUCUCAUCAUCAGGAAGUCUGUCAUGCAGAAACAUCCACGAAUGCACAUCAAGACAGGCCUAGUAGAUGCUCAUCUCUACUGCUUGAAGAAAUAUGUUGUGGACUUUCUGGCAGACAACAAGUCUAUCACCUCAAUCCGAGGAGAACUUGUACCAUACCUAGUUCGAAAGCAGUUCUCUUCCUUCACUUCCUCUAAACAAAAGGUGGAAGACAUGGAUCAUGACCCAAAGAAGAAGGCUCAACAGUCAUUAGAUAUUUAUAGUUUUCUGAAGGAUGAUGAGUUAACAGAGCUGGCCAGAGAUAAGUCCUGCUGGAAUGACCACAGAGGGGAUAUGGAAGAAGCUUAUCAUGGAGCUAAAUUACGCUGCUAUGCUCACAUUAUGAAUGAGGGGAUGUGUUAUCGUGUAAAUAAUUUAGCACUGUAUAUUGAAGCUAACAGACAGGUUCCAAAAAUGCUGCCAAUUUUUGGUAUAGAUGACCUGCUUAUUCAUGCAUCAGCACAGAUCACUGACAAAUCCCUGGUUGGAACAGAUAGCAUGAUUGAUGCAUUCACUCAGAUAGGAGAGAGGACAUCAAUUAAACAUUCAAUUAUUGGGACGUCAUGCAACAUCAGUGAAAAAGUAAAAAUUACAAAUUCCAUAAUCAUGAAUGGGGUGACCAUAGAGGAUGGGUGCAGUAUCCAAGGCUGUGUCAUUUGUAGUAAUGCAGUGGUAGCAAAAGGGGCUGACGUGAAAGACUGUCUGAUUGGAAGUGGAAUUACCAUUGAAGCCAAAUCUAAGCGAUUAAAUGAAGUGAUAGUGGGCAGUGAUCAGCUGAUGGAAAUCUGAAAUGAGCAGUUGUUCUCCUUUUUACCAUUUGGGUAUAGAGAUGGCAAGAACAGUGUCAAAUAGAACAACAAAUGUACAAGUUAUAUUUCACAGCAUAUCAUCUGUGUAAAGGAUGUAUAUUUAUAGCUUAAUAAAUCUGAGUUUUCUAGUUCUA